UGAAUUCGGAUUAAUUUAUCAGAUGGACGAGUGCACUCGAGUGUUGAAAGUUAGGAAAACCUGUCGCUUCUACGUAUUAUGUAAAUGUGCAAACCAUUAAAGUGCAUAAACAAAACAAACGAUGAGCAGUACAAACACGCCAAUACAGAAUAAAACUCCAUUCCGGAGGCUUGGGCUAGCCAGAAGUAUUAAAAGAACAGGAUCCGCUUCUGUAACAGAUAUAACAAAUACUCCCACAUCCGCAUUGGCGAGCCCCGCUGAGUGCAAUGUUUCAUCAGAAAAUAUGCCCAGUUCAGAUGCUCACAAAAUGCGCCCAAUCAAAAGUACUUGCUCGAUUGGUGCUAAUAGUGAUACGGAAGAUGAUAACGGUACAACACCGGUUACUCCAGCCAACACCAAGUCUACCUCAAAGAAAACUCGUUUAUCACUAAGUCAAAGUUGGAGGAAUAAGAUUACACACCAAAAGCAGAUGCUGAACAUAAAACGUCGGAAGCUAAUGGACGAAGUGGAGAAAUGUUCAGAACCGGAAAUAAGCGAGGAUAAUGCAACAAAGGAUACCGAUACCCUUCCUAGAUUGAAGGAAUCUCCAUGUGUGAACAGUGCAGAUAGUUCAAAACAAUCAAUAAUAAGGCAACGUAUUCAGGAAGUUAAGGAAAGCAUCUCGGUGUGGAGAGUAGGUUGCGUUCAAGCUUUGAAUGAUCUACAGGAAAGGCGAGGGUCUGGCGAUAUGGAAUCUCUGCUGAACAUGCUCCAAAUUCCAUUCGGUUUGGUUAAUUACGACCAAGAAAAUCAAGAGUUCCUUGAGCCCGAUUGAAUGAUGCGAUGUUCUAGUAAAUACGUUUUGUCGUUAUAAGCUGUUGCAAGUUGCUUUCCAUGAUACUCAUACUGAAAUUAGAUACACAUAUCAGUCCAUCGAAAGAUUAAAACUAUAUAUUUUUUUAAAGUGCUU